AUGUUCAGGCCUUUUCUCCUAUCCUCUCCGUCUCUCUCCUGGAACGUUCAGUUCCUAUGUGAAUGUCUAGUAGCCUUUAACGCUUCUAGUCACUCUUCGAAUUCUUUCUCAAGAUCAUCAGAACGUCAAGUCUCAAAAACUAUAUCGUUCUUCAGCGGGUUCCCACAAUCUUCUCCCAUUCUUUUUCUCUCUCAACACUCAACUCAGAAACAACUGAAACCCGAGAAACUGACCUACAAGCACAACGCAAACAAGAAACUAGGACACACCACACGCACUUCUGUCACCAUGGGCGGAAACGACCUCUGUAGUACCUCUCCCUCCCUCCACCGCCAUCUUAACAGCGGCCUCCUCGCCCCCAUCUCCCGUCUUGGGGAUAAGAUCACUGUUAUUAAGGAGCGCAUCUGGAGCAAGCUCCCCGCGGGUAGAAGGGCAAAGAGGGAGUGGUACGCGAAACAACCAGAACUGUUUUUGGAAGGGGGCAAAGAAGAGAGGAAGUCCAACCCAGACUGGUCCCGCGACGAAAACCCGAUCCAGUACAAGGAGCCCGCGCCCGUGGGGAAGCCUCACAGGGUCGUGGACAGGGACAACCGUGUCUGGACGGUAACUGACGGAAAGCGACUGAUGACAAAGUAA